AUGUUGUGGCCCUUCAGGCAUGGAAUUUCUGGAGGGAUUUUCCAACAAGGAGCCCUGACAAAGCCAACGUUUUUCAACUCACUGCUUGGACAUCCUGUAUUUCAGAACUUACACAUAAAAGUUGGAGACAAAGCUGAACUCAGCAAAGCUUUUACACAGAAUGAUGUAGUUACUUUUUCUUAUUUAACAGGUGACACAAAUCCUUUGCAUUUAAAUGAAGAGUUUGCAAAGAAAUCUAGGUUUGGGAGAACUGUGGUCCAUGGAGUUCUGAUCAAUGGACUUAUUUCUGCAGUUCUGGGUACCAAAAUGCCUGGUCAAGGAUGUAUAUUUCUUUCCCAGGAGAUUCGUUUUCCAGCUCCUUUGUAUGUUGGUGAAGAAGUCACAGCUGCAGCAGAAGUGAAACGACUGAAGGGUUCUGUUGCACACAUUUCUGUAUCAUGUCAGGUCAGAGAAAGUGGGAAAACUGUUAUGGAAGGGAUGGUGAAAGUCAUGGUGCCAGAGGGUUAGAGCUGUUCAUCAUGUUUGGUUUGGAGUCUCUUUUUAUGUGACAUCACUAAAACCAGUAAAUUUGCAAUAAAAGCCUUUCAGAAUGUCUGAAAGUGCACAAACUUAACCUUACUAGAAUUGCAUUAAAAUUAGAGCUUUUCCUUUUUAUACCGUGAUGGGUUUCUCUGCCAAGGUGAACCAGGCACUUGCUGUGACAAAGUGGCACGUUCAGACAAGCCUUUGUGCUGCCACAGUGGGAAGUUUGGACUGGUGGGGCUCACACUGAGGCUGUUCUUUCUGGUAGAAUUGCAGUCCACACCAGCAAAGUUCAGUUGAAACUUGUUCCUUCUGUACAAAGCAGCUGUGUUUGCCAGCAAGCACCAGGGCAGGGGACAGUGCUGUGGUGAAGAGUGGAGCAGAAGAGGAGGUGCUGACACACAUGUACUGCAAGAUGUGUUGUAAUCUGCAUGGCAGCUCCAGCUGGUGUUUCUUCUGAAACUUGCCUCCACAAAGAGAGUGAAGGAGGCUUAAAAAUAUAUAUAUAUUGUCACAACUUG